CCUCCUACACCCAUCGUCCCUCCCAACACAUCCAAGAAACAAUGGCCACCGGUGAUAUCGGUCUUAUUGGUUUGGCCGUCAUGGGCCAAAACCUCAUUCUUAACAUGAAUGACAAGGGCUUCAAUGUUGUUGCCUACAACCGUACCACCAGCAAGGUCGACGCCUUCCUCGAGAACGAGGCCAAGGGCACCAACGUCCAGGGCGCAUGGAGCAUCGAGGAGCUUUGCAAGAAGCUUAAGCGCCCUCGCAAGAUUAUCCUCCUCGUCAAGGCUGGUGCCGCCGUCGACGCUUUCAUCGAGCAGCUUGUCCCGCACCUCGAGCAGGGCGACAUCAUCAUCGACGGUGGUAACUCUCACUUCCCGGACACCAACCGCCGCGUCCGCGAGCUCUCUGCCAAGGGCCUCCUCUUUGUCGGCUCUGGUGUCUCCGGUGGUGAGGAGGGUGCCCGUCACGGCCCUUCGCUCAUGCCCGGUGGCAACCCCGAGGCGUGGCCGCACAUCAAGGAGAUCUUCCAGAAGGCCUCCGCCCAGGCGUACGGCGAGCCGUGCUGCGACUGGGUCGGCCCCGAGGGUGCUGGUCACUACGUCAAGAUGGUCCACAACGGUAUCGAGUACGGUGACAUGCAGCUCAUCUCCGAGGCCUACGACAUCCUCAAGCGCGGUCUUGACUUGACCGAGUCUGAGAUCGCAGACAUCUUCCUUACCUGGAACAAGGGUGUCCUCGACUCCUUCCUCAUCGAGAUCACCGCGAACAUCCUGAAGUUCAACGACGACGAUGGUGUUCCCCUCGUUACCAAGAUCCUCGACCAGGCUGGCCAGAAGGGUACCGGCAAGUGGACUGCCAUCGCCGCUCUCGACGCUGGCUCUCCCGUCACCCUCAUCGGCGAGGCCGUCUUCGCUCGCUGCUUGUCUGCGCUCAAGGAGGAGCGUAUCCGCGCGUCGAAGGCGAUCGCUGGUCCGGCCAAGGAGCCGUUCAAGGGCGACAAGAAGCAGUUCAUCGACGACCUUGAGCAGGCGUUGUACGCCUCCAAGAUCAUCUCCUACACCCAGGGCUUCAUGUUGAUGCGUGAGACCGCGAAGGAGUACAAGUGGGAGCUCAACUACGCCGGCAUCGCCAAGAUGUGGCGCGGUGGCUGCAUCAUCAAGUCUGUCUUCCUCAGCGACAUCUCGAAGGCCUUCGUCAAGAAGGGCGACCUCGAGUCUCUUCUCUUCGACGAGUUCUUCAACAACGCGAUCGAGAAGGCGCAGCCCGGCUGGCGGCGCGUCGUCGCGCAGGCCGUGCUCUGGGGUAUCCCCACCCCCGCGUUCAGCACCGCGCUCGCGUUCUUCGACGGCUACCGCAGCGAGAUCCUGCCCGCGAACCUGCUCCAGGCGCAGCGCGACUACUUCGGCGCGCACACCUUCCGCGUCCUCCCCGGAAAGGAGAACGAGCGCUUGCAGCCGGGCAAGGACAUCCACAUCAACUGGACCGGCCGCGGCGGCAACGUCUCGGCGUCGACGUACAUCGCGUAAGCGCCCUCGCUCGACGUCUUUAGCGCUGUCGGCCUCGCGCGUGCGCCACGUAGGCGUGCGUCGGGGCGCUGGGUGCGACACAACCUAUUGACGGGAUUAUAGACCACGGUUGUAUAGGCUUUAGUGAACUCAAAGUGUACUUGUUGGCAGAAGAAAAAAAUGAACUGUACUUUGUACUCUU